GGAAAUGACCUAGAGGCCUUACAGAUACAUUUGUGCUUUUGUCGCUCUAAUCUGCAUCCGCAGAGAACGGCAAACUCUGGAAGCACACUUGUUUCCGCGGUGAGUAAUAUCUACCUCAGCCAGCAGACGGGAGGGCGCACCAGGAAGCUGCUGGAGACUUCAGACAGACUUCAGACAGGCAGACAGAGCUAUCAGCUGGCCGCUCGCUCACUGCCAGCAGAGUCCUGGAUUUGAAGAGGAUUUGAGACGGACUGGAUCUGUCUACCCAUCGCCUCCUACUGCUCAUCGACAAGAAAACACCAAGCCACAUCCUCUGAUUCUCUGCAUUUAUUUUUUUAGAUAGUCAUUUCCCGUCUGUGCUGUUGACCAAUGUGUCAUUUCUGUGGAUCUGUUUUUGCGUUCAGCUUUUAAGAGUUUUCUACUUUUACUAAAGCAAGCUGGUGUGUGAUCCCAUAGGUAAUGCACAGGUGUGUAUGAUAUACCCUACGAAGAAGAAUUUAUUUUGUCUUCAUUCUGAAGGAAGGUCAAUGCACUUUACAACUUGGCUGUAAUACUUUAGCUCAUUUAUUAUGACCAUUUUGUUUGAAGCUGGAAACAGUCAGUCAGGGGGUGUGUCUUUAUUUUUUUUAAGCUGGGAAUGAUGCAUCUGCAGCAGGGCUGCAUGUAAACAUUCUGCUCAGUUUGCCAGCUUCUGAUCACAUUUUGGUCUCAACCACACUGGUGUUACCUCCCUUCAAGGCUCUCUAAGAUGAACAUCUGGCAGGGGGAGUUGUCGAGCAGCCCUUCUCCUUAACUAAAAGUUUCAGGACUGUUGGUUUCAGUGUUUUUUGUAAAGCAGACAAGAGCACUUUGUUGAGAAAAGCAAAUUACAACAAGCAGGAGCUUCCGGUGCUGUUGCACCACCUAUGUAUUGUUGUAGUGCACAGGAAAGUAAAAUGGACUACAAGCGUCGCUUUUUGCUCGGCGGGUCCAAGCAGAAAGUGCAACAGCACCAGCAGUACCAGAUGCCUGAGCUUAGCCGAACCCUGAGCGCCUCUCUGGCUUCCUCGUGCUCCGCCUCUUCACCCAUGGGCACCGGGGUGGGCAUGCCUGGCAGCUGCCACCCACCUCCCUCUGGCACCACCACCGCUGUUGCUGACAUCCAGCAAGGCAUCUCGAAAUAUUUGGAUGCCCUUAAUGUGUUCUGCCGCGCCAGCGCCUUCCUCACGGACCUGUUCAGCAGUGUGUUCAGGAACUCUCACUAUUCCAAAGCAGCUAUGCAACUGAAGGACGUGCAGGAACACGUCAUGGAGGCGGCCAGCAGGCUGACUGCAGCAAUAAAGCCCGAGAUCGCCAAGAUGCUGAUGGAACUGAGUGCUGGGGCCGCAAACUUUAAAGACCAGAACGACUUCAGCCUGCAGGAUGUUGAGGUGCUGGGCCGGUGCUUCCUCACAGUGAUGCAGGUCCAUUUCCAGUUUCUGUCACAGGCCCUGCAGAAGGUCCAGCCCGUGGCACAGUCCUGCCUGGCUGAAGCUCUCGCCCAAGCGCAGGAACGCUGUGCCAACGCCCGCUCCCAAAGCUCCGACCUGGGGCCCCUGACAGAGCUCGAGGAAGCCUCUCGCUCAUGGAAAGGUGCAGCUGAGGCCACAGCGAGGCUGAGAGAGAGGGGCCGGGACGGCUGCCUGGCAGGCAUCCAGGUACAGCAGCUCUUUUGCUCCAACAACACCACCAUUCCUGAGCACCAGCUGAAGGAGCUCAACAUGAAGAUCGACAGUGCAUUACAGGCCUACAGGGCAGCGUUGGAGAGCUUGGGCCAUAGUGAGUAUGGACUGAAGGCGGGUUUUCACCUAAAUCCCAAAGCUGUGGAGGGAGCCUUACAGGGCUGUUGCAGCGAGGCUGAGGCUCAGCAGGCAGGAAGGAUGCAGACACCCUCCCAGCCCAUCCAGUGUGAGCUGCCUACCAUACCCGUGCAGAUCGGCUCUCACUUCCUCAAAGGGGUGUCCUUCAACGAGUCAGCAGCUGAAAACCUCAAACUGAAAACGCACACAAUGUUGCAGCUCAUUAAGGAGGUGCUGGGCCAGAACGGAAUGACCCCCAGGGAUGACUCUCCGGUCACUGAGGUCCUCAACCAAGUUUGCCCAUCCAGCUGGAGAGGAGCCUGCAAGACAGCUGUUCAGCUGCUGUUUGCCCAGGCUGGUUUGGUGGUUGUGGAUACGGCUCAGAUCGAGAAUAAGGAGGCCUAUGCUCCUCAGAUUACCCUGGAGGGAUCAAAGGUGGUGGUCCAGGUUCCCUCUACAUGGUGUUUGAAGGAAGACCCAGCUACUAUGUCCCUGCUGCAGCGAAGCCUGGACCCAGAGAAAACUCUUGGUCUGGUGGACGUGCUGUACACUGCAGUGUUUGACAUCAACAGGUGGAAGGAGAGAAAGGAGCAGGCCUUGCCAACUAUUCAAAUACAGCUGCAGCGAGAGAGCCCAGAUUAUGGCAGCCCAACAGACAUGCCUGCGGGAAACAGCUCCAAAACCUCCAGUGGGUUACCGAAGACGAUAUCCAAGCUGACCUCCAAGUUUACCAAGAAGGUCUCAUCCAGCUCGAAUAGUGGAGGCAGCUAUUCCAUCCCCAGUACCCCGUCUCGCAGCUUGCUAACAACCAGUAGUUCUGAGGACAAGGGCAAAGGUCUGGGCCACAGUGACGGGAGGCUACAGAGCAUCCGACAGAUGGGAGGCCUGUCUUGCACUCCUGACUCGACCCAGCAAAACCAGCUGUCCAAUGGCUCCGUGUUUGAAGACCAGGGGAUGAACCUGCCCACUGACCAAGAGAUGCAAGAUGUCAUUGACUUUCUCUCAGGAUUCAACAUGGGAAAAUCCCAGCAGGCCUCGCCUCUGGUCAAAAGAAGAAACUCUGUGGCCUCUGCUAACCCAGCUGAGCUAAAGCCCCCGAGCGGCCCUCCACCAGCCUCUCAGUCUAUUUCCCACAGCGCGCUACAGCCCCAUGCCCAGCCCCAACCGCAGCCUCCACCUCCAGCACCAGUGCAGAAGCCUCAGCCUCAAACGCAACCGCCUCCUCCACAGCAACAACAGCCUCAGCAGCAGCAGCAGCAGCAGCAGCAGCCACCUCCUCCUCCUCCUCCUCAGCAGCCCUCCCCACAGGCCCUGCAGUACUACCAGCACCUCCUGCAGCCCAUCACCCAGCAGCAGGCACCUCCUCCUCAGCUCCCGCCCCAGCAGACGCCCCCACAGGUCCUCCCACAGCAGAGAGUGGCAAACAAGUGGCUCGGUACCUCAGGGCAGCAGCCACCACAGGGCCCCCCUGCUGGGCUAUCACCCCUGGGCCCCAUUGGGCAGUGGGGAACCCACGGACUGCCCGACCUGAGCUCGGACCUGUACAGUCUGGGCCUGGUCAGCACCUACAUGGACAGUGUUGUAUCAGAGAUGCUGGGCCAGAAGCCACAGGGGCCCCGCAACAACACUUGGCCCAACAGGGACCAAAGUGAGGGAGUGUUUGGAGUCCUGGGAGACACGCUGCCUUUUGACCCAGCAGUGGGCUCCGACCCGGAGUUUGCGCGUUACGUGGCCGGCGUCAGUCAGGCCAUGCAGCAGAAACGGCAGGUGCAGCACAUCCGUCGCCCCAGCAACACGCGCAGCAACUGGCCAAUGCCCGAGGAGCAGCAGCACCGGACCUGGUCCCACCCAGAGUACUACAGCGAGGGGGAGGCAGUGAACAGCAGCUGGUCAGCUAAUCAGGGGGACUCGGCCAGCUCCAGCGAUGAGACGUCCUCGGCCAACGGGGACAGCCUGUUCUCCAUGUUUUCUGGACCGGACCUCGUGGCAGCGGUGAAGCAAAGGAGAAAACACAGCUGUGGCGAGCCAGAGGUGUGCACCCUGCCCUCACCCCCCCUCCACCACCUUGGUGACGAUAAUCAGGACAGCAAAACUAAAACCUGGCCUCCCAAGGCGCCGUGGCAGCACUCCACCCACAGCAACACCAUGCCCAAUCCCAGCUCUUCCCUGUACCAGAUGAACAUCCCUCCGUCCUCCCAGUGGAGCGACUCCAUGCAGAUGCUGCAGUCUCCGGUGUGGUCCACAGCAAGCGACUGCCCCCCCUCCACAGGCCUCUCCUCUGGGUAUCCCUUCACCCAGCAGCAGCAGCAGCAGCAGCAGCAUAAACCCAUGACCAAGGGCUUUAAAUCGUUUCCCCUCAAACACGAGCACAGGCCCUCCUACCUUCACCAGUACUGAUCCAAGGCGACGCGGCGCCCUGCGGCCCUGAGUGGGCCGCGCUGCAGCCAAUAAGAGUCCGCUCCCACUGAAUUGGAAGAUUUCAAAGCCUCUGCGGCAACGUUAAGUACACACACUGGCGCGACAGUUUUUGUAUCUAUAUUUUUCCAUGUCAGACAUCCCCAUUUGAAAAAGAGAUGUAUUUUGAAGUUUUUCGAACUGCCAUGUUUUAACUUUGAAAAGGUGCAUGCGUCAUGCCGGCAGCAGUCAAGCCGAGUGGUCGUUUCUCUGUCUGGUGAGCUGACAUUUUCUCCCCAGACAAGAGCUGGAGACGCGCGCAGCCGUCACCCACUUGCUUCUGCAGCUGAAAGUUUGCCUGCCUGCGUGCGUGCGUGUGUAUGCGUGUGUGGAGGAGGGAAUUGCGCGAGGGCAGGGGCUUGGAAUGCUCUCAUUUUGCCCAUAAUAAGUAUACUGUGUCUACAUAGCUGUAACUGCCAAAUCUCAUGCAAGAUGACUCAGAGUACAGCUACCAUCUACUGUUUCAUAGCUUGUAAAAUACUGAAGUUGAAAUAUAAAUAUUUACUUCUUUUUAUCAAGAGGCUUUGAGCAGGCUCAGCAUAAUUAUAGUAAGUCAACCCAGAGGUGUAAUUUGAGAGAAAUACACUACUUUUUCAUCAACUGACCAGAGUUAAGAAUUCUAGCUGUAACUAUGUGCCAUGUUGGUAUUGAUAGCACUUGCAGAAUAUUAUUUCCAACCAAAGCGUUGUUCAGAGGAUGAAUGGUGCUGACGAGAGGCGGUCGGGGAUUACCGAUAAAGGUGAGGCUGACCACACUUUUGGAAAAGAGCACUAGGGAACAUCGUUUCCUCCUCUAAUUAGCGUUUGUCCGAUCUGGAUUGACACUCCCAUAAAGCUAUUCUUUCUUCUGUUUAGUAAUACUUUUUUUUUUUGUGUUCAGUUGACAGUAUUAAUCUUAUUUUUGUAUUUUCUUACAUGUUAUAACAUAACUGUAUGUUAGUUUUGUAGACAUAUUACAUACCUUAUUUUCCACCUCCCAAUAUGUGAAAAAAAAAGCACAUGACUUUCCUACAGAGUUAAAACUACACCAUCUAUCUUCAAAGGUUACCAAAUAUGCCAUGCUAAACACUAAAACAUUGUGUGGUGAGGGUGUUUGUUUUUCAGGCCCUUGUUCCUUCGGUUUCUAUGGCAAUGGGCUGCAUUUAAAGAGCCCAGAAUGUUAUCUUUUUGUGAUGUUUGCAGAUGCCAAUGUUGCCUGUAUUUAUGAAAAGACACCAUGUUUUCAGAAAACUAACAUACUUAACAUGUUUACAGAGAAUUGUUUGCUGUAUAUACAUAUAAAUAUAUAUCUUUUUAUAGUUAAUGUGCUUUGCACAAUCAAGAUAUAGGGUUUGUUGCUUUUUGUCUGUGUUAUCUCCCUAACUGUUGUAGCCUUUUUUAAGACAUCAUUACAGACCUUGGACUGUAACUGUUAGCUUCUCAGCUGUGUCAAAUGGUUUACUAGUGGCUUCUACAAAAGAUUAAGAAAAAUAAUAAUAAAAACACGUUGCCCUGAUAGAAGAUAUGAAGGGGGGCUGCUUGGCUUAUGUUGCUUACUGUUCUCUUGAGCUGGCAACUGAUUUUUUCCAAGUGUACCAGCAAUGCAAAAAACAAAUAAAAAUAACUAGCAAUUCGAACUAGUCCCAGAGUUGUUCUUGGAGAUUCAAAGUCUCUAAAUUUCC